UGUUGGGGCUGUCACUGACCACAGGGUGACCAUGACGUGCUGUGAGGGAUGGACGUCCUGCAAUGGCUUCAGCCUGCUGGCUCUCCUUCUGGCAGGGGUCAUUCUCAAUGCAAUCCCUCUGGGCAUCAACUUAGUUGAGGCGGAUAAAGUUUUUCAAAACCCCAUCUCUUGCUAUGAGUGGUGGUUCCCAGGAAUUAUAGGAGCGGGUUUGAUGGUCAUUCCAGCAACUACGAUGUCCUUGGCAGCCAGGAAGCGAGGGUGCUGCAACAACAAAACUGGGAUGUUUCUUUCAUCACUUUUGAACGUAAUCACAGUCGUUGGCGCCGCGUACUGCAUGCUGGUAUCUAUCCAGGCUCUCUCUGAAGGUCCUCUUAUCUGUAGCUCUCGAGUCAAUGGUACUGCCAACUGUGAAUUUUCCUUGAAAAACUUAACCAACAUUCAUUUACAACCCGUCUUUCUGCAAUGGUUCUGGAAUGAUUCCUGUGUGUCUCCUACUGGUUCCACAAACCUCAAUGCCAACAAUGAUAUGGCCAAUAGCUGGAAAAUACCCAGCUCCAACUCUGAAGAAGACAGAUACAGGAUCUUCCACGUGUCAGUGUUCUUAGGUUUGCUACUCGUUGGGAUUCUCGAGGCCCUGUUUGGGCUCAGUCAGAUAGUCAUUGGUUUCCUCGGCUGUCUGUGUGGUGUCUCUAAGCGAAGGAACCAAGUUGUGUAGGUUAGCGGUACUAAGACAGAGGUCUUGGUACCUUGAAUAAUUUGAAAAUGACACUGCUUUUAGGAGAAUAAAUACUUUUAGGAGCACAAUAAUGGAACAUUAUCUACAAAGCU